UCUCUUUCUCUCUCUCUCAUGAUCUCUCUCGCUCAAACACACACACACGCAUACACACACUCACACAGGCACGCACAGAUCGAGGCAGAUGCCCAAGCUCGAGGCAGCAGUGAAACGCUUCACCGUUAUGGAGCAACGAUGACCAAGCGCACAUUGGAGACAUUUACAAGUUUGUGCAAGACAAAGCACACAAAAAGAAGUUGCGAAAAUAUUAGAGAAAAGCGAGCAGCGACCAGACUCAGGAUGACGGCAAUGACAGUUCCCGAAUGAUUCACACUGCCGGAACAUCAAGAAAAUGUCAUGAGAAGACGCUGGUCCCAAGUGCGAGACCCACCUGAGCUCAUACUGUAUCUCAGUCCGGCAAGAAUACUUUCAUGGUUGGAACUGCCCGUCCCAACCUUCAUUACUGCCCUUGCAGACAUAGACUGAUGAUCACCAUUGCCAUGGGAGCAGUGCGAGUCAACAGAUACAGCAUUGUUUCCACAGACGAAGAUGCCCUGAAGAUCUCAGCCUUGGGCCUCCACAAUGGCCACAGUCCUCUGACUCAGCAGACCUUGACGGGGUUGUGCAUGCAGACCCAGGACGAAGGAGCGGGAAAAUAUCCUGCAGGCCAAGAAGGACGAGGGGCUCUAUCUCUGAGAGUGCCGGACGACUCCACGGUCAACACGUGCCGGGCUUCGCCGUCAUGUCGACACGCCGGCGCCGACCUGGUCACCAGUCGCCUGCGCAGCCGAUUCGUGAAAAAGAACGGCCAGUGUAACGUCGUUUUUGAUAACAUGGAGGAUAAACAACGUCGAUACCUGGCUGAUAUUUUUACCACCUGUGUGGACAUACGCUGGCGUUACCUGCUGCUCAUCUUCACCGCCACCUUCCUUUUGUCCUGGUUGUUUUUUGGUCUGGUCUUCUGGGGAGUGGCGUUGGCUCACGGAGACUUUGACCUUCACUUCCCUACGAAGGAAGGAGAUUCUCAGAGCAAGUCGGAGGACAGGCGGGACCAGUGGCGGCCAUGUAUCCUACACAUCCAAGGCUUUAUCGGGGCGUUCCUCUUCUCCAUAGAAACGCAGACGACCAUUGGAUAUGGUUUUCGUUGUGUCACCGAAGAAUGCCCAGUGGCUGUGGUGACCGUGGUGGUGCAGUCCAUCGUGGGCUGCAUCAUUGACUCCUUCAUGAUAGGCACCAUAAUGGCCAAGAUGGUGCGUCCCAAAAAACGGGCUCAGACUCUGCUAUUCUCACAUCACGCUGUCAUCGCCUUGCGGGAUGGGAAACUGUGCCUCAUGUGGCGCCUGGGGAACAUGCGGAAGAGCCACAUCGUGGAGGCUCAUGUGCGCGCCCAGCUCAUUAGACCCAAAGUGACCGCUGAGGGCGAGUACCUUCCUUUGGAGCAGACAGAUAUCGACGUCGGUUACGAUGACGGUCUGGACCGGUUGUUUCUAGUGUCGCCGCUGGUGGUGGUCCACGAGAUCAACAAGACCAGUCCUCUGUAUGACCUGAGCAGUGCUGAUCUUCAGAAGGAAGACUUUGAGAUUGUGGUCAUCCUGGAAGGCAUGGUGGAAGCCACGGCGAUGACCACUCAGGCCCGUAGUUCCUAUUUGGCCAAGGAGAUCUUGUGGGGUCACCGUUUUGAACCGGUGGUCUUUGAAAAGGGGAACCGCUACCACGUGGACUACUCUAGCUUCCACAAGACGUACGAAGUGCCAACCACACCACACUGCAGUGCCAGGGAGCUCAGUCAAAGGGAAGGUCACAGACGGGCGUCCUCGUCCUCCGCUUCGAGUUCCUCGCGGUCCCCAUCACCUCUUGCUCCGAGGGCAGCCCGCCACCUCCUAGGUCCUCAUUCCCCGAGCGCUUUCUGUUAUGAAAAUGAAGUUGCACUCUGUUGCGGAGACGAUGAGGACGAAGGGGAGGUAGACAGCCUAGGGGUCAAAGGUGACAGAGGAGCAAGUUUGCAAGAUGACCUUCCCGUGGGAUUCAAGGAGACAUUUGUAAAGGAUCAGAUGGUUGAGAUGCUGUGUGUGCUGGACACUCAGAACCAGAUCAGUCUGGAUAAACUGCAGCCCGAUCUCCCUUUAUACGUCAGUCGAGAGUCUGGAGUCUAAAGCUGACGGCAAGCCAAAGGCUAACCUCAUUGCACUAAUGGUGAAUACAAAAAAUCAGUUCACUUUUUGAACUAUACAAGGAAGGAUCGUUUUGCUGGUGUGUGUCUUGGCUGGCAUCGGUUUUGAGAAUUGUACAUUUUCAUUGAUUGAUCGAGGUAUCGAUUAAUCUCCUUCAACAAGUCCAUCUCAAAGACUUCCUUGCUUUAGUUAAUGUGUGUAUAAUCUGAGAAGGAAUCAAGCUUUUGCUCUUGACUUCAUUUUUUUGUAAAUAUAUUAGUGUUUAAUUUUAAUAUGGAACUGAUCAUUUUAGUUCAUACAUCAGAUGCAGCUGCUAGAAAUAUUGCAUUUUAGGGUGCCAUCACACCUAUAGUUCACUUUUUCCUGUGGGAUUCAGUCGAUGGAUUUGUAAACUUGGUCCUUGGUUUUGCUCUCUUUUCAGUUUCACACGGUAAAAAAUAAAAUGAGAUAAAAUAAAAAAGGAACAAGGUUUGGUGUAUGCGCUCAAGAUGUUUUUGGAAAAUCAUCAAUUAACAAGUUCUAAUUAAGAGCCAUUACCAAACCACACCAGAGAUUUUAUUUUUAGAUUAUAGAUUUUUGUUUGGUCCGCUCAAGAGUUACUGUGUUAAAGGAGCCAUAUCAUAGUAAUUUAAAAAAAAAAAAGCUUUUAGUCAUGCAAAUUCCUGACCAAAACUCCCCCAAAGUGGUGUUUUUCUCCGUUCACUUAUCUUGGAGUUUCUUCUGCAAUGUGCUCAAGUACUAGUCAAUAGUAGUCAUUGCUUCAUUUCUGUUUGGUGCAUUAGAUAAGUUUUUUUUUUUUUUUUUACAUUAGUUUUGACACGUCCUACUUUAUGACCUGUCAUUGAACGCACCUCAAAUCUACCGACGAACAACUUACUUCCGGCUUACUUCCGGGUUAAUAUAGCCACAAAAUAACUCAUAUUUAAAAAGAAAUUAGAACGCCAUUUUGCCAAAGGUGGAUUCUUCCAUCUGUGUCCACAUUUUACUUUCAGUUUGCAUCAAAGGUGAUUUAAUCUAGUCAUCAUCUGACCAGAUGAGGCAUCUCAUCUCUUCAUCUCCAGCUGUUUCCCCUGUCAUGGCGUCCCAUCGCUCUCCUGCUGUCUUCUGAAGUGCCCCGCAAGUUCUGUGAAGGAAAGUAGCUGGCUGACCUCUGCGACCUCUGUAAGGGCUGCUAAUGGCUGACGAGAGGUCUACCUAAUAAGGUGCUGUCUUCAUCUCAAUGUGUGCUUUCAUGUGUGUGUGUGUAUCUGCUGGCUUUUCUGGCCUGACUGGACACUGGCGGCCCGGGGCUGUGUGGCCAGAGAUGGUGACAGUGCGUGUGCUCGGCAGGGGACACUCUUUAGACACUGGGAAGCACGGGGGUGAUGGCAAUAAUGCUGCUGAUGGCGGUGGGGGGUGUCUUUGAUUCCAUAAUGAGCUGUUGUGUGCUUGCCGAGCUGCGAGGCAGCUCGCUGGAAGAACAGAAGAGCUUUGUGCGUGUGUGAGAGCGUGCGCGACUCAGCUCAGCAGAGGCCGACUGGCCUGGGAAGCACCACAGGGCAAACUUCUGUCUGUCUGUCUCUGCUUGUCUGUCUGCCAGCUAGCCUGUCUGUCCGCCUGUCCGAAUUUUUAGGGGUAGCAGCAAUGCUAAGAUGAGCAAGACACAAAAUGAUCUGUCACGUUACAAGUGUACUGUUAAUCAGAUUUCAACUUUUUAUUUUAUUUUACAGCGUUCGUUUUGACAGUGACACGUGCAUAAAUUCUAAGAAUAGUGUAAUUCGACUUCAUGGUGUGACUUGCAUGUACACACCUCAAUUUGCUACUUCAAUAUAAUUAAUGUAAUAGGCCCAAACUAACUUUAUUUAAUGCCAUUUUUUUUACACCAGCUAUUUUGAUUGACAGUAAUUCAAGAAAAAAAUAACAUACAACUACAGGUGCAACAAUUAAUGAAUUAAUGAAACAAUAAUAAAUUAUUGAAAUUAGUCCAACUGUUUUAAUAGUUUAGAUGCCUUGUUUGAUUUGUAGUCAAUGAAUUUUAGUGUAUUCUAUGGGCAUUCGUUUUUUUUUUUUCUUUUUUCUUAGUUUGAGAUUAGUUGUUAUGUCACAUGUCUUGCUCAUAGGAGAUAAGAGAAAGGACGUGGACAUUUUUAUUUGCCGAGUGGUGGACUAUUUGGGCAUUUAUUCUGGUUUGGAAAUACAAGGCAGUAUGUGUUUUUAAAAUUACAAAUUUGACAGAUAUCCAAAUAAUUUGGAAAGAGUGGCACAAAACCACAUGCUGUCAUUGUCAUUUUUCAGCAUGCUUUAAAGAAACAAGAUUGAUUUGACGAAAAUAAAGACUUUAAACCGCA